AUGAGUGAAUCGGAGAUUCAGAUAUGCGAUAGCCUUCGGGACAAGAAAAGAAAAACUCUGAGGAAAUUUGAGGUAUGGGGUUUCUUGAUCUUCUGCUUAUUCUUUAGGGGCGGAUAUCAGUUCUUCUCCCGCAGGCGGCGUGUGGCGGUUCUGCCCAACGGGCAGCCGGUGUUCCCAUUCGGCGCGAUGGUGCACUCGGGCAUGGCGGUGGCCUACCGGCUGAACCCCGCUGCCGUCAGGUUCCCACGCGGCGGAGCGAAUAUGAGAACCAGAUGGACGUAUCUGAUGGCAAUAGAGGGCUGGAUCUCGAUCUGA